GUCAGAAAUUAUAUUGUUGACGCAUGAAUAGGUUUUAGUUUAGGUGGAGUUUCCGCAGUUUAUAAACUAAUUUUAACUUUUGUUAUUUUUAAAUAUUGAAAGAUGUCUGGUCAAAACGUCAACGUUUGUGAUAUUGGUGAUGAUGUCAAGGAUGUAUUGAAAAAGUUUAGGUUUCAAAAACACACAACAAAUUCUGCGUUGAUACUGAAGGUAAACAGAGAAAAACAAGCAUUGGAAGUUGAUGAGGAACUUGAAAAUGUUGAACUUGAAGAGCUGCAGGACAUCCUUCCAUCACAUCAGCCACGAUUCAUUGUCUAUAGCUAUAAAUUGGAACACAGUGACGGACGGACAUCAUUUCCGAUGUGUUUCAUAUUCUAUACACCUCGCGAUGCCCACAUGGAACUUCAGGUAAUGUACGCGGGAACACAACGAGCUCUGGCUGCGGCCGUCGGCGCUCCUCGGCUGUUGGAAGUCAGAGAAAUCGAUGAACUCACCAGCGAAUGGCUCAUCGAGAAACUGAGGAAAUAGAACUUAAACUAUUAGGGCUAUUGACCAAUAUAGUCAUAUUACGUAAGAUUAUUUAAGAGUAUUUCGAAAGUGUUGCCAAUAAUUUCUAUAUUUUUAUAAUUUAUAAAUCGUAGGGCUAUUGUCGUUAACGUUAUUGAUAUCACAUAUUAAACUCAACUAGCAAUAUGACGUUGCGACGAUACUGACUUUGCGUUGCGUUGUGAAUGGUUUAGAAAAAGAUAGGGUACCUAACACCUAGGCAUGGGCGAUAUCAGAUUUUUGUGACAUCGGUUGUGUAACGGAUUUGGAUUAAAUAACGAUGUUGACCGAUUUAAGAUAACGCCCUGUCCUUGAACGAUACAUUGUACGAUAUGUGAAAAACAGAUGAAACGAAUAUGUUAUCGAAAUCGAUUUAACAUUCGCUUCAUCUCUUUCUCACAGAUGGGUUACUGUAAAGUUGAAGAGAGACAGCACGAAUAUUCAUAGCUUUUCAAACAUGCAAACAUCAAAUCGAUGACAUAUGAUAUUCCGAAGACAUCCGAUUUUAGAUGUGUUUCGAUUUAUCGACCACACGCCUACUAACAUCCGAUCCCACCCCCACGCGCGAGGCAAGUCGCGGACGAAAAGUCGUAUCAAAUACAGACAGAUAUGGACCGAUUUAAAUUAAACUGUAAUUGCUCUUAACACAUCCAGUAUCAUCUAACAAUAGGUUUUUUAGAAAUUUACUAAAUGAGCAAUAAAAUUAAAUAAUAUACUAAGAAUAACUAAUAUUUCUAUUGUCAUUUUAUCCGUCGAUUUAUGACGUUGAUAAUAACUGCAUUGUUAAAUCAACCAAUCAAAACCCGUUAAAUCUAGUUUAAUGUAAUUCCAGUAGUGUAGUUAACAUUUUCUGAUUUACAAGAACAGCGUCGAUAAUAACCCUACGAUAUAAAAGUAUAGAAAUUAUUAAAAAAUAUAUAUUAAUUCUAAAUAUAAUACAGGUUUUAUAAGCAUUUUGAUAGUAUAUUGCAAAACGAAAUUUAUAAAUUUAUUGUAAACGUCAAUAGUCCAAUGGUUUACGGCCCAGCGAUGUAAAAGGUCGGAUCGAUACAAUCCUUGGGCUAUUGUCGUCCCCACUCCACACAAGCGAUAAGCUUAAACGGAGGGGUAAAUAGGAAUAUUAGUAAUUCCUUAAUUAAUUUGGGGCAUUGCUACAAUCCUAUAAUAAAAAAAGUCAUUCCUUGCUAAAGCCUAUUCCAAGCACAGGAGGAGUAAACAAGUUUGACCUUGAAUUGCCGCGAUAUCAUUGGUCGAGAUAAAUCUAUGAUAUUCAUAACGCGACGUCAUUGGUCGAUGUCUUGAUUAAUCUAUGGUUGUUAUUGUAGAGUUGUAUCAAAAAUAAAAAUUGCGUUUUGUAUGUCGAGGAAAUUGUCAUCAGCACUUUGGAAGUAAAAUUAAAGUGGAUAUAAGUAGUUAAGUGUGCUAGUGUUGUAUUAUAAAUAAAGA